AGGCAACGCGAGCCCAGCAGGGGGCACGGGUAGAAGCCGCUCGACGACGAAAUGGCGGUCGAUAAGGACCUGCUGGAGUUGGAUCUGUACGGCCUGCUGGGGGUCGGCGAGAAGGUGUCGGAGAAGGAGAUUAAGAAAGCGUACCGCCAGAAGGCCCUGACUUGUCACCCAGAUAAGAACCCAGAUAAUCCCCAAGCAGCGGAAGUCUUCCACCAGCUGUCUCAGGCCUUAGCUGUUCUGACAGAUGCAGCAGCAAGGGUGGCAUAUGACAAAGUGAGAAAAGCCAAAAAGCAAGCAGCAGAAAGGACACAAAAGCUUGAUGAGAAGCGAAAGAAAGUAAAGCUUGAUCUUGAAGCCAGGGAACGGGAAGCCCAGAUCUGUGACAAUAAAGAGGAGGAGAUCCGGAUAACAAGGACCUUAGAACAAGAAAUAAUACGGUUGCGUGAAGAAGGCUCUCGUCAGCUUGAAGAGCAGCAGAGACUCAUUCGAGAACAGAUCCAACUUGAAAGACAGCAGCGCAUCCAAGGUGAAAUAGGCAACCAAGUAGGAAAUGGAGCAGAAGGCAAAAUAACUCCCAAACUCAAACUAAAAUGGAAAUGCAGGAAAGAAGAUGAGACAGGAGGGGGAUAUUCAAAGGAAGUUUUACUGCGGAUGCUGCAGAAGUAUGGCGACGUGCUAAAUUUGUUGAUCUCCAGUAGGAAGGUUGGAAGUGCAGUCGUGGAAUUUGCUACUGUUAAAGCUGCUGAAAUGGCUGUGAAGAAUGAAGUUGGCCUGACAGAUAAUCCUCUAAAGAUUUCCUGGCUGGAAGGCCAGCCCCAGAGCAAUCCCAGCUGUGUCCUUUCUGACAGCAGUGGUCAGCCUAGGACUUCACAGAGGACUUUCUGUCCUUGGUACAAGCUACUUGAACAACUGGAUGUUUGCACAAUAUCCCCCUCUUAAAAGUGAAAACUAAGGAUGCUCCUUGCUCAACACAAAACCUCUAAUUCCAUUCUUCUGUGAUUUUAGUCUAGUGUACUUCAACUGUGAAAUCCUUUGGCAGGUAGUUCACUGAAAGAGGUAUAGAACCUUUAGAGAGGUUUAGUUACUGCAUUCACAAGAGGGUGAAAUUUCAAUGCUAAAAGCAAACCUAUGUUCUUAGGGUCUGCAGGAGGAAAACUAAAAUAGUGUCAAAUUAAAUAUUCUUUUAAAGA